UAGUUGCGAGACUUGGUGAUAGGAUGGGUGUUUGUGAAUCCUAUUUAAUAUCUUAAUUUGUAAGAAUGUGGUGCUUUUUUCAAGAUUUUUCUGUUUUCGUCUUUUCCUUUCAGUGAAUGUUUGCGGAAGAUGCAAACAGAAAAGAAGCUCUUUCUUAUUAUAAAACGUGGCUGUACAAAGGUCUUCAUCAAAAAGCUAAUAGGCAGAAGUCUUCCGUAAGAUUUUGCCAUGCCUUCUCUGGACCACUCCAAGCUGUCCAUUCGUGAAAUGAACGAGGAUGAAUCUGAGAUGGUGCUUGAGAUGUUAAAGGAUGGAUUCAGGGAUACAGAAAAUCGACUAAUCUUGCACAUCAUAACUCGACCUCUCGCACUCUUGUGCAUGGCAGUAGUAAGCAGUGCCUUGCGUUUCCUGAUAAACUCCUUCAUUGCUGCUCUUCUUGUUCCUGUUCUCCUUGCUGUGAUUGGUCUCAAACUGUUGCUAUGGAGAUCGCAGGACCUCCGGCGCCUUUAUUCAUACUACAGUGCAGCUGGUCGAAAAAUAUGGGUGGUAUUUUAUGAUGAAGAUGAUCUUUGUGGAUGCAUAGCCAUGGAUCCUAAAGAUGACGGUGAAACUGUGGAGCUGAAGAGAAUGUCUGUGAGCCGCUGGUACCGUCGCUCUGGCAUUGGCACUUUCCUACUCAAAUUUUUUGAGAACAGUGCCCGGAGGAUGGGCUUUCGUAGAGUUAUACUUUAUACAUCUGUGGUUACAAAAGCAGCCAUAGCACUCUAUACAAAUAAUGGGUACAGUGUUUCAGGUGGUGUUAGCUGGCUUGGAUAUACCGUUGUUGAGAAGUAUACAAAAGAGCUGAAAAUAUGAACAUGAGUGACUGAGAGUUUCAGUUCUGUUUCCCCAUUAUUAUUAGUAUUGUUAAUUAUUAUUGUUUUCUUGAAAUUGACAUACGAAAGUCUGAACAGAAUGCUAAACCAUUUUAAACUACACAUGUAGAUUAUAUACAUGUUUUUAUUUAUGUAGUUUGUCUAAAUCUGACAAGAAACAUUAAUAUUGGAUGCCUGUUUAUGAUUCAGUGUGUACAGGUAAAGGUUGCGUUUUCAGGGAUGUGUCAUGGAACUGUUCUGAUGAGACUUUCAUUCAGUGUGUGCAGGCAAAGGUUGUGGGAUUUCGUGUCCCAUUCUUUAGAAUCCUAACAUGUUUACAGUAUGUUGCCUUAUCUGCCAGAUAUUAUAUUAUCAUCUGUAGUACUUGAGAAAGAUAACAUGUCAUUUAUUGUACAGAUCUUUGGGAAAUAUAAAAUUUUGAGUUGUGACCUCUUGAAUAAAAAUACGCCUCUACCAUAAUGCAGUGCAUUUCACAUGGCACUUGUCAAAUUAUAAAUCAAGCAUGUACCUCUCAA